GAAAGAGGGCGGAAAGCGAAAGGCACGGAGCGCCUCUCUUUCCUCCGUCUGACUCGGUUCUCGACUGCUCCGGACCGCCGUUGUAUUGUGGGAUCACUGCGCGGUGCCUGAGACGCUCGGAGCCGCAGGGGCGCCCACUUGCUAGCGCCUCCUGUCGUCUGUAAGGUCGCCCUGCCAUUUCUCGGCACCCCAACUCCCCCCACCCCCCCAUCGCCUCCUCCUCCAUCCUCCAGUUCAAAAUGGCGGCGGCGGCGGCAGCGGCGGUGGCUAUGGCUCCUCCGGGCUGCCCGGGUUCCUGCCCCAACUUCGCCGUAGUCUGCUCCUUCUUAGAGCGCUACGGGCCGCUGCUCGACCUGCCUGAGUUGCCGUUUCCUGAGCUGGAGCGAGUGCUGCAAGCUCCGCCGCCGGACGUCGGCAACGGAGAAGUACCUAAAGAAUUGGUGGAGCUCCAUUUGAAGUUGAUGAGGAAGAUUGGCAAAUCUGUUACAGCAGAUAGAUGGGAAAAAUAUUUGAUCAAGAUAUGUCAAGAGUUUAAUAGCACCUGGGCAUGGGAGAUGGAGAAGAAAGGCUAUCUUGAAAUGAGUGUUGAAUGCAAGUUAGCACUCUUAAAGUACCUCUGUGAGUGUCAGUUUGAUGACAAUCUCAAGUUCAAGAAUAUUAUCAAUGAGGAGGAUGCCGAUACCAUGCGUCUCCAGCCGAUUGGCCGUGACAAAGAUGGCCUCAUGUACUGGUACCAGUUGGAUCAAGAUCACAAUGUCAGAAUGUACAUAGAAGAACAAGAUGAUCAAGAUGGCUCUUCAUGGAAGUGCAUUGUCAGAAAUCGAAACGAGUUGGCUGAGACUCUUGCGCUCCUGAAAGCACAAAUUGAUCCUGUACUGUUGAAAAACUCUAGCCAACAGGACAACUCUUCCCGGGAGAGUCCCAGCUUAGAGGAUGAGGAGACUAAAAAGGAGGAAGAAACACCUAAACAAGAGGAACAGAAGGAAAGUGAAAAGGCGAAAAGUGAAGAACAGCCAGUAGAUUCAGAAAACUGUUCUACACCCAAUGCUAUAGAAGAGACUACUGUGAAAAUAGAAAAAGAAGAUGAAAAGGAACUUGUAAAACUGCCAGUCAUAGUGAAGCUAGAAAAAUCUUUGCCAGAAAGCGAAGAAAAGAAGAUUAUCAAAGAAGAAAGUGAUUCCUUCAAGGAAAAUGUCAAACCCGUAAAAGUCGAGGUGAAGGAAUGUAGAGCAGAUCCUAGAGAUAUCAAAGGUAGCAUGGAGAAGCUAGAACCUGAGAGGCUAGAUUUUACUGGCAAUGUUAAAUCUUCUCAAGAAAUUACUGAGAAGUCUACUGAAGAAACUGAGAAACUUAAAAAUGACCAGCAGGCCAAGAUACCACUAAAAAAACGAGAAAUUAAACUGAGUGAUGAUUUUGACAGUCCAAUCAAAGGACCUUUGUGUAAAUCAGUUACUCCAACAAAAGAAUUUUUGAAAGAUGAAAUAAAACAAGAGGAAGAGACUUGUAAAAGGAUCUCUACGAUCACUACUUUUGGUCAUGAAGGGAAACAGCUGGUAAAUGGAGAAGUUAGUGAUGAAAAGGUAACUCUAAAUUUUAAGACAGAACAGAUGGAGAUGAAGUUUUAUGAUACAAAGGAAGAUAGCUAUAGCCCCUCUAAGGACAGAAGUGUGAUAAUGGAGGGAAAUGGAGCGGAGUCUUUAAAUUCUGUCAUAACAAGUAUGAAAAUAGGUGAUCUAGAGAAAGAAGUGGUCCCUUUAGGGAAAGAUACAGAUAGUUCAAUAUCAGUCUUAGAGACCCAGAGUCAAAAAGGGCACACGGAGGAAGCUGGUCCUCCAGAAAUGGAAACCUCUCUUGAGACUUCUGAAAUAGCAAAGGAUCUCUCUUUUAAAACUGCUUUAUCUACCACUGAAUCCUGUAGCGUGAGAGUUGAAGAGAAGUCUCUCAAAAAUAAGAAGGAUAAGCGUCUGCCAGUCCUAGAAUGUCUUGAAAAGUUAGAGAAGUCCAAAAAGACUUUUCUUGAUAAGGAUACACAAAGAUUGAGUCCAAUACCAGAGGAGGUUCCAAAGAGUACUGUAGAAUCAGUAAAGGCAGGGUCUCCCAAAGCAGCUGAAACUUCUCUAUCAUCUAACAUGACUAUCCACUGUGAGAAACUAGCCUCAGAAAAAGAAGUGGUAGACUGUCAGAAUACAAGUUCAACUGAAGGUCAGUCCCUGGAGAAAAUAGACUCAGAAAUUUUAAAAGUGGAUUCUGAAUCCACAAAGGUAGAAGUGGAUAAUCUGGACAGUGCCCAGAACUCUGGCACAGGUGAUCCUUCUGAGACAAAGGGUUCUGUGCAAAAAAGCAAAUUUAAAUAUAAGUUGAUUCCUGAAGAAGAAACCACUGCCUCAGAAAACACAGAGAUAACAUCUGAAAGGCAGAAAGAGGGCAUCAAAUUAACAAUUAGGAUAUCCAGUCGGAAGAAGAAACCAGAUUCUCCUCCCAAAAUUCUAGAGCCAGAAACCAAGCAAGAGAAGACAGAAAAGGAAGAAGAGAAAACAAAUGUGGGUCGUACUUUAAGGAGAUCUCCAAGAAUAUCUAGACCAACAGCAAAAGUGGCUGAAAUCAGAGAUCAGAAAGCUGAUAAAAAAAGAGGGGAAGGAGAAGAUGAAGUAGAAGAAGAGUCAGCAGCUUUGCAAAAAAUAGACAAAAAAGAAAAUUUGAAAAAAACAGAGAAGGAUACAAAUUCUAAAGUAACCAAGGUAAAACCCAAAGGCAAAGUUCGAUGGACUGGUUCUCGAACUCGUGGCAGAUGGAAAUAUUCCAGCAAUGAUGAAAGUGAAGGGUCUGACAGUGAGAAAUCAUCUGCAGCUUCUGAAGAAGAGGAAGAAAAGGAAAGUGAAGAAGCCAUCCUAGCAGAUGACGAUGAACCAUGCAAAAAAUGUGGCCUUCCAAACCAUCCUGAACUAAUUCUCCUGUGCGACUCUUGUGACAGUGGAUACCACACUGCCUGCCUUCGCCCUCCUCUCAUGAUCAUCCCAGAUGGAGAAUGGUUCUGCCCCCCUUGCCAACAUAAACUACUAUGUGAAAAAUUAGAGGAACAAUUGCAGGAUUUGGAUGUUGCCUUAAAGAAGAAGGAGCGUGCUGAACGCAGGAAAGAACGCUUGGUGUAUGUGGGUAUCAGUAUUGAAAACAUUAUUCCUCCACAAGAGCCAGAUUUUUCCGAAGAUCAUGAAGAAAAGAAAAAAGAUUCAAAAAAAUCCAAAGCAAACUUACUUGAAAGGAGGUCAACAAGAACACGGAAAUGUAUAAGUUAUAGAUUUGAUGAGUUUGAUGAAGCAAUUGAUGAAGCUAUAGAAGAUGAUAUCAAAGAGGCUGAUGGAGGAGGAGUUGGUCGAGGAAAAGAUAUCUCCACUAUCACAGGCCACCGUGGAAAAGACAUCUCUACUAUUUUGGAUGAAGAAAGAAAAGAAAAUAAACGACCCCAGAGGGCAGCUGCUGCUCGUCGGAAGAAACGCCGGCGACUAAAUGAUCUGGACAGUGACAGCAACCUGGAUGAAGAAGAGAGUGAGGAUGAAUUCAAGAUCAGUGAUGGAUCUCAGGAUGAGUUUGUUGUAUCUGAUGAGAACCCAGAUGAAAGUGAAGAAGACCCACCAUCUAAUGAUGACAGCGACACUGAUUUCUGUAGCCGAAGACUAAGGCGACAUCCCUCCCGGCCAAUGAGGCAAAGCAGACGUUUGCGGAGAAAGACUCCAAAGAAAAAGUACUCCGAUGAUGAUGAAGAGGAGGAAUCUGAGGAGAAUAGUAGAGACUCUGAAAGUGACUUUAGUGAUGAUUUUAGUGAUGAUUUUGUAGAAACUCGGCGAAGGCGGUCAAGGAGGAACCAGAAAAGACAAAUUAACUACAAAGAAGAUUCAGAAAGUGAUGGUUCUCAGAAGAGUUUACGACGUGGUAAAGAAAUCAGACGAGUUCACAAGCGUAGGCUUUCCAGCUCGGAGAGUGAAGAGAGCUAUAUGUCCAAGAACUCUGAAGAUGAUGAGCUAGCUAAAGAAUCAAAGCGGUCAGUUCGAAAGCGGGGUAGAAGCACAGAUGAGUAUUCAGAAGCAGAUGAGGAGGAGGAAGAGGAAGGUAAACCAUCCCGAAAACGGCUACACCGAAUCGAGACAGAUGAAGAAGAGAGUUGUGACAAUGCUCAUGGAGAUGCAAAUCAGCCUGCCCAUGACAGCCAGCCCAGGGUCCUGCCCUCAGAACAGGAGAGCACCAAAAAGCCCUAUCGGAUAGACAGUGAUGAGGAAGAGGACUUUGAAAAUGUAGGCAAGGUGGGGAGCCCGUUGGACUAUAGCUUAGUGGACUUACCUUCCACCAAUGGACAGAGUCCUGGCAAAGCCAUUGAGAACUUGAUUGGCAAGCCAGCUGAGAAGCCUCAGACCCCCAAGGACAACAGCACAGCCAGUGCAAGCCUGGCCCCCAAUGGGACAAGUGGUGGGCAGGAGGCAGGGGCACCAGAAGAGGAGGAAGAUGAGCUUUUAAGAGUGACUGACCUUGUUGAUUAUGUCUGUAACAGUGAACAGUUAUAAGACUUUUUUCCAUUUUUGUGCUAAUUUAUUCCACGGUAGCUCUCACACCAGCGGGCCAGUUAUUAAAAGCUGUUUUAUUUUUCCUAGAAAACUCCACUACAGAAUGACUUUUUAGAAGAAAAAUUUCAACAGACCCUGAAGUCUUUCUGUGAAGUGACCAGUUUUGAACUUUGAAGAUAAAUAAUUGCUGUAAAUUCCUUUUGAUUUUCUUUUUUCCAAGUUCAUGGUCCUUGGUAAUUUCAGUCAUGGAAAAAAAAUCUUAUUAUAACAACAAAGAUUUGUAUAUUUUUGACUUUA